CGUUUGCAGAGUAUAAGUCCGGGCCUCGUAAAAAGAGAAAUGGUAGAGAACACACCGCUGGGGAAUCUCGUCGAUGAAACAGCAGCCCUGGUGCCUGAGGAUGUUGCAGGGGUGGUGCUUUAUGCCCUUGGCACGAGGCCCGAAGUGCAGAUGACAAAGCUGACAAUACGAAGGACUGGUGAGCUCAUGGCAAGUUACGUUAUUUCAGUCUCAGGAAAUUCUCCACAUUGCUUAUAUCAUCAUAAGUACAUAUGA